AUGUCGUUUGAGAUUGCGGUUGCUCCUAUGGUUGGUGUGUCUACACCCGAGUACCGAAGGUUUAUGCGCUUAAUUUCGCCCAACUCUAUCGUAUUUACCGAAAUGAUUGUUGAUACGUCUUUAUUGCACAUGAACAGUGCUAUGUUGGAAAAAAAGAUCGGAUUAGCAACCCCACAUUGUGCUCUUCAGAUAGGAGGAUCUAUACCGGAACAAGUAGCCCAGGCUGCUAUUCGGGCAGUGUCCGUAGGAUAUACUCGGCUUAACCUUAAUUGUGGCUGUCCUAGUGAUCGAGUAAAAAGUGGUAGUUUUGGUGCUGUUCUCAUGAAGACACCCGAAACCAUUGCGGCUAUUGUCCAAGCUGUUUACCAAAGCACGGGUGUAGUUAUGAGUGUCAAGUGCCGUAUAGGCCUAGACCAAGUUGAAGAUUACGAUUCAUUUAAGGCAAUGAUUAGUACAAUUGUAGCCCAAUCACCUUGCCGGACCUUUUAUGUUCAUGCCCGGAAGUGCCUUCUUAAUGGACUCUCACCCGCUGAAAACCGACGAGUUCCGCCCUUACGAUACGAUUAUGCUCUGCAGAUUAAAAGAGACUUUCCACAGCUUAAGAUUAUUCUCAAUGGUGGGAUAAGAGAGAUAAACCAAAUUAUUCCAUUUAUUGGUCAGUUAGAUGGUGUUAUGCUUGCACGUAAACCCAUGGAGGAUCCUUUCUUCUUUGCCGAGUUAGAAUCUGUUUUGUUCAGCCGGCCGCCCAUUUCUCCCUUCCUUGUUAUCAGCGAGUACCUCAAUACAUUGUCUACCAGAAUAGCCAACCAGCAUGCUUUCUAUGAACUAGAUAAGGAAUAUGUCGCCAAAGCCAGCCAGCUUUCUUCAUCACAACACUCAGACCAGGAAAGUUCACCCCAUACCAAUACCAACCCAAUACUAACUCAACCUAGCCCCACCACUUCGUACCUUUGCACCCGGGCUGAUCUCAAGCCAAUUGAGCCCGUUCUCUUUGGCAAACGCGGCUGCAAAAAGUACAAACAACGCCUGGCCGAGAUUGCAGGCAUUCAUCUAGCACCCAAUCAGGUUCUUCCUUUAAUAGAACCCUAUUUCAGCGCUAGCCCAGCAAUUUCAUCCUCAGAUAGUACCCAGCUUACCUAG